CCCCCGGCCCCAGCCCUCACUCAGCCCCGGGGACGGAGCCCUGUGUCCCGCAGCCCCGUGUCCCGCAGCCCCGUGUCCCGCAGCCCCGUGUCCCGCAGCAUGGCCAAAGCACACACCGGCUCCUGCGGCUGUCGGGCCGUGGUCCUGGCGGGGAAGUACCUGUCCGGCCCGAGCGUCCCGGUACCGACGCAGAGCUCCGGGCUGAGGCAGCGGAGGUUGUUGGGUCCUCACCCCCGCAUGGUGAGCUCCGACGCGGCCGGGAAGCGAGGCAGAGCCGCGGCUCUGGCCCAGCAGGAGCACCCGGGGAGCUCCUCCGCGGCGGAGCGACACAUGCCGGCGAACCGGACCCUGAUCUACCGGGACGUGAAGGCUUUCCUCAGCGAGGUCGGCGGGGACCCCCGGGAGGCCCGGUACUGGCUCACCCAGUUCCAGAGGGCCGCGGCCGCCCAGUCCCCGGCCUUCGCGGUCCUGGAGGUGGACAGCUCGGUGUCGGACAGCAGGGACCGGGUGCAGAGUCUGGCCUUCGGCCUCUCCUUCCUGCAGCGGAUGGACAUGAAGCCGGUGGUCGUGAUGGGCUGGUCGGCCUCUGAGGAGGCGGGGCCUGCUGAGGCGGACGCCGGGUCGCGGUGCAGCCGGGGCCUGGUGGAGCGGAGCCAGCAGCUGACGGAGGCUCUGCAGCACCACUCGGCCACCGUCCUGCCGUUCUUCUCCGCCGAGUCCUUCCUCCUGCAGCACGAAGCCCCACGAGGAAGCAGUGCUCCACACUACGUCGCUGUGGACCCCAGCCUCCUCCAGUGGACCCUGGACUGCGGGACAAUCCCACUGGUUUGUCCCGUGGGGAGGGACGCCCGAGGCUGCUCAGUGAUGUUGGACCCGACAGAAGUGACGGCAGCCAUUUCUCGAGCCCUGCAGCCGCACAAGGUCAUGUUCCUGAACAACUCCGGGGGCCUCCGCAGCCGAGAGAGCAAGGUGCUGGGAACUGUGUCGUUGCCUGGCGACCUGCCCAGUCUGUCCCUGGCCGCGGGUCUGAGCGCCGCGGAGUGCCACCGGGUGGCGACCAUCGCCCGACUGCUCAACCAGCUGCCGACCGAGUCCUCCGCUGUGAUCACCUCCGCCAACACGAUGCUGACGGAGCUGUUCAGCCACCGAGGGUCGGGGACGCUCUUUAAAAACGGAGACCCCAUCCACCGGUACAGCUCUCUGGAUGGGAUUGAUGUGGAGCGUCUGAUGGUUCUCAUCAACAAGUCUUUUGAUAAAACUCUGAGGGGAGAUUACAUCGACUCGCUAAAGGGACGACUGCACUCGAUCUACCUUUCUGAAGGCUACAGCGCCGCAGCCAUCAUCACCAUGGAGCCGGUGAACAGCGGCACGCCCUACCUGGAUAAGUUUGUGGUGAGCAGCAGCAAACAGGGCCAGGGCACCAGCCACGUCCUGUGGGAGUGUAUCAGGCAGGACCUGGGCAAACUGUUCUGGAGGUCGAGAGCCACCAACAGGAUCAACCCGUGGUAUUUCAAACACUGUGACGGCAGCUUUGUUAACGGGCUGUGGACCGUCUUCUGGUUCGGCCUGACGGACAUCAGAGACUCCUACGAGCUGGUGGAGUACGUCAAGAACCUUCCUGACUCGUUCCACGACUCCUCCUCUCUCACCGCCGCCGAGCAGCUCCCUCCGCCGGCCGCGGGAUCCUGAGCCGCCUCCUCCGAGCCGCUGGGUUCAGCACUGGAGUUGUUUUAGGUUUUUUAUUCUUCAGCCUGAGACAGAGUUUUUUCAAGUUUUUGCUCUGACUGCUCUUUUUCCCAGUUCUGGUGUUUUGUUGGUUUCCACCACGGCACUUGAAAACCAAAGCUUCCUCGCUGUGGAGGAUUACACACAAGCUGUAUUUUGACAAACUAAAAUCAUUCUCAAUUUUUUUUAGAGCUUGGUAUAGUUCUAAGUGACUAUACAGCCGAUACUUGAAGUCAUUUCACACUUACAUAUUUCUGUUCGGUAGCCUCGGAGCUUCAGUACAGUCACUUCAGGGUCUUAGCCUCACACUGAAGACAGUUGUGUGAUGUGUCCUGUGGCUCUAGGGGGCGCUCUGUAUUAGCCUGGAAACCUGACCAGUCAGCGAACUCACAUUUAUUCACUUGCUGUCUGGCCGCACUCCGUCCAGACCGACUUCCCUCCGUCCGGAAAAUGGUCGGACCAAUACGAUACAUACAAUACUGAUCCAAAACAAUAAUCUCACCGGGGGGGGGUUGGAUGCAGUGACCGACUGAGGAGCGUCCAAUGGGAGCACGGCUGAAGCUGUGUCUGUAACUGACGGUUUAUCCUCAGAGAAGAAGAACAAACAGCUGGAGUUUACUUUCUUCUUCCACUCGGCUGCGUCGCUCAGUUCUUUGCUCUGAUUGGUCGUCCGGCUCUUCUGUGAAUCAAAAACAAACCAAGAAAUUAAACCACUUUUCAAAACCAUUCAAGAAUGUGAAUUAGUCUGGAGACGGCAGGCAUAUCCGGCUGACUAUUUUUAAAAUAUAUUUCAAUACAGUUACUGUGUGUGUGUGUGUGUGUGUGUGUGUGUGUGUGUGUGUGUGUGUGUGUGUGUGUGUGUGUGUGUGUGUGUGUGUGUGUGUGUGUGUGUGAGUGAGAGGUUCAAGAAUCAAGAAUCAUGGACCUGAGUCAAAUGACCUUUUUUAAAUUUACAUAAAAUCAGGUGAACAAGCUGCUAGUUUACUUACAGUCUAUUUAUAGAUAUCAGUACUUGUAAUAAUUUCAUAUUUUUAAUGCAUAACUUUGAUAAGUUAUAAAACUUACAAACACAAUCAUGGUAUCCAUGGAUCUUAAAGUCAAUCUUAACCAAUAAAAGUCUUAAAUAUUUGCCCUCGUGCAUUCAACCCUUAAACUUUUCUGUACUUUUCAUUUGAAAUAUUAUCUUGAUAAGACCAGAUUAGUUUUUUCUUAGUUCAGGCUCAUGUUUGAGAUUUAGUGGAGCUUCCUUCAGUUUGGUUCUGACGUGUUGUUGGAGCCGAUCACUGCAGAAUGGUGAGAAACAUGGUUUAGUUUUACUGUGUCGAGUUUUAUUCUUUCUAAGAUGAAACUGUUGUUUGAAUUUUGUGGUGAAUCCAUUUGCAAAGACAGGACACGACUUUGCAACUGAUGGGCUGAGAGAUAAAUGAAAGAAAGAUGGUAAAUCUGAUUUGAUUUAUUGUCAGUAUCAGGUUGUGACUGUUUGUAGAAAUCAUCAGAAUAAACCUGGAAUCUUUACUUCAAACAAA